GGACCUUGGCCCUACUCUGAACACUUGAUCACGGAUCCAAGUAUGGAGGCAGCUGCAGCUCUUCAGGACAAGGCCUCAGUGACUCUGAAGUUUAAGUUUAACCCCAAGCUGGGCAUUGAUAAUCCUGUCCUCUCCCUGGCUGAAGACCACCACGACAGCUCUGAUCCCUGGAACCUGAAGCGGCCUCGCUUCUGUCUGCUGAGCAAGGAGCAUGGCGAGAGCUUCGGUUUCCACCUGCAGCACCAGCUCGGCAGAGCUGGCCAUGUGGUGUGCAGAGUAGAGCCUGGCUCCCCUGCCCAGCUCCAUGGCCUCCGGGUAGGAGACCGGAUCCUGGCGGUCAACAGCAAUGUCGUGGACCACGAGGACCAUGGCGUGGUAGUUGGCCACAUCCGGGCCAGCGGUCCCCGGGUGCUGCUCACGGUCUUGGCGCAGCAUGUGUACGAGGUGGUCCGGGCCCAGCGAGAGGACGAUGCCGACCUCUGUCCUCUCCUAGGCCCGGGGGUCCGGCCCCGGCUGUGCCACGUGGUGAAGGAUCAGGGCGGCUUUGGCCUCAGUGUCACCCACGGAGCUCAAGGCCCGUUCUGGCUGGUGCUAAGUGCCGGAGGAGCAGCCGAGCGGGCAGGAGUGCCCGCAGGAGCCCGGCUGCUAGAAGUGAACGGGGUCAGUGUGGACAAGUUCACUCAUAGCCAACUCAACAGGAAGCUUUGGCAGAGUGGAGACCAGGUGACCUUGCUGGUGGCAGGGCCAGAAGUAGAGGACCGGUGUCGCCAGCUGGGGAUGCCCCUGGCUGCCCCGCUGGCAGAGGGCUGGGCACUGCCCGCCAAGCCCCGCCGCCUGCACCUGGAGAAAGGGCCCCAGGGCUUCGGGUUCCUGCUCCGGGAGGAGAAGGGGCCUGAUGGGCGCCUUGGGCACUUCCUGUGGGAGGUGGACCCAGGACUUCCGGCCGAGGCGGCCGGGAUGCAGGACGGGGACCGGCUGGUGGCCGUGGCCGGGGAGAGCGUGGAGGGGCUGAGCCACGAGGAAACCGUGUGCAGGAUCCGGGCGCAGGGACCGCGCGUGUCCCUGGUGGUCCUCGAUCCUCAGGCCGACCGCUUCUUUAACAUGGUUCGCCUGUCGCCUCUCCUCUUCUUGGAGAACGAGGACACUGCCGUCUCCCCCCAGGGCCCUGGCUCGGCGUCUCUGGUCGAGUCUGAGGACCUGUCAGUGGAAGACACAGCCUCGUCCCCCAGCCCUGCGGGGCCCCGCCAGUGUCUCCUCUACCCUGGGCCUGGUGGGGGCUAUGGCUUCCGACUCAGCGGCGUGGCCAGCGGGCUUUGUCUGUUCAUCUCACAGGUUACCCCAGGAGGCUCAGCUGCCAGAGCAGGGCUGGCAACAGGAGAUGUGGUUCUGGAGGUGAAUGGGUGUGCUAUGGGUGGAGACAACAGCCCCGAAAAGCUGCAGCGGCUGGCCGACGCACAGCCACCCCUCUGCCUGAAGCUGGCAGCCAGGUCUCGGCAGAACUCGGAAGCCUGGAUGUCCUUGGGGUCUGGAGAGGACUGGGCUCCCACCAGUCUGUAAAUCCCCCUGCUCGGCAUGGAUCUACUGAGUGGCUUUCCUGUCUUCAGUCCGCAGCCUGAGACACUGGGGAUCAUCUCGCAAGGUGCCAUCUUGAGAGAUGUGGACACCAUCACUCAUGGGACAAGCCCAGGAUUGCCCCUGUGGUCCCUCACUUUGUGGGCCUACCUCCCAGCACAGAGCAUGCUCAGAGAGUUCAGGUGGCCUAUGGGGGAGUCUGAGACCCCAGUGGUUAGUGAGUGGGGAGCUUUGGAGAGUUGCACCCCAAGGAGGAAGUUCUUCGUAAGAAAGGGAUGCUGUGUGGAACUGGCUGGGAUUGAAUCCUUCUGGAACUUGCUCUAGAUAGGACUCCAGCAUACUAUUGCUCAAGAAUUUGGAGACUACCUCUGUCCUGCUUCUGUGAACACCUUGGGAUUGUGGAUGCCUGGUCAUUGUUGGGUCCUGUU